AAUAGAGACUUAAUUGCAUGGACCCCGAGUCUCUUUCCUCUGCCCCUCCUUCUCUCUCCCCCUCCCUCCUUCUCCCACAGAGUCAGAGGCAAUGUGAUCAACUUGUUUUCUGAAAAUAUUUAAUCGACGCGCCUGCUCUCACCUCUCUUAAAUACGGACUUAUUUUGUGAAAAUUGCUCAGUGCGUUUCUGGAUCUCUGUGACGCACACGCGGACCUCAAGUUUGACUUCUUAUCAGGCUGAAGACCUUUACCACUGUUAACGUGGUUGGUUCAACACAUCGUUUAAUAACUCUUUGGAUUGUUUUUCAUUCAAUCUGGGAAACAGCAAGAAAGCAAAAUUUCGCGCAAAACCAUUCAGGGGGAGCGCCCCGCUCUUACAAGACUGGCCAACAGGGCGCGAAUGAUAACGACCGGAGUUUUCGGCGUUGUCAUGGUACUUGUGCUAGUGAUUUUAAUACCAUUCCUGGUAAACUCAGCUGGGACCUCCUCAAGUUAUGAGAUGCUCGGUGCCUGUCGGAUGGUGUGUGAUCCUUACGGAACUAAGUCUCCAUCACCUGCCACCGCCAACACUGGGCGGGACAAUCACUUGAUCCAGUCUCCACCGCCGUAUGUCAGGGGCCCCAAGGGCGAGGCAGGACGCUUAGGAAGGGCUGGCCCCAGAGGUCAGCCGGGUCCACCGGGUCCACCAGGACCACCGGGGGAAAUGGGACAACCAGGACCCCCCGGAUUGCCGGGACCACCGGGAGAAAUCGCUGCAACUAAUGGCAUUAGCGCAGCAACUUACAGCACUGUGCCCAAAAUCGCCUUUUACGCGGGGCUUAAGAAGCAACACGAGGGUUACGAAGUGCUAAAAUUCGAUGACGUGGUGACCAACCUCGGAAACCACUACGAUCCAACUACUGGCAAGUUCACCUGUUCAAUUCCUGGAAUCUAUUUCUUUGUGUACCACGUACUGAUGCGCGGGGGUGACGGAACCAGCAUGUGGGCAGAUCUCUGCAAAAACAACCAGGUUCGGGCGAGCGCAAUAGCGCAAGAUGCUGACCAGAAUUACGAUUAUGCCAGCAAUAGUGUCAUUCUUCACCUCGAACCUGGUGACGAGAUUUACAUUAAGUUGGACGGCGGCAAAGCUCAUGGUGGCAACAACAACAAGUACAGCACCUUCUCUGGUUUUAUGAUAUAUGCCGAUUAAAGGACAUUCUUUCAUUGCUUAGUACCUUCUUGUGCAGCGGUGGGAAAUAAAAGCUAUAUCAAGUAGCUGUAUCGACACAGGCACCAUGCCCUGAUCACUGACCUUCGUCACUGGAACUUCAUUGUUCCAAACUGAUUGCACAUCACGGUCAACAGAUCUAACAUAUUUAUAGUGCUAUUCAGAUGGGGUUAACAGUGUACAUUCCAGUUUUCUUUAUGUCAAAUGAUACUGUAUAACCUACAAGAGUAAUUCUCCUUUCAGUGAAAAGCAUAUGCACCUUCAUAUGUACCCUGGCCAUUGGGCCCAGCAUACAGGUAUAUAUUGCUAAUGUCAGAUGAUUCCACUUACAGGUUUGACAGAGUCUGUGGUAUUCCAAUGGCCAUGGCAUACUUUUAAACAUGUUAUUUUAAAUGCCUAUGGAGUCAACCGAAUAUUGUCAUGCUUGUCAACAAGACAGCAUAAAGGGAAUGGUAGUUCCAUUGGCCGUUAUUGUUCUUUCAUUCUGUUUCUCAUGAAAUGUAGCUGAAAGUAUUAGAUUACAUACUGUGUGCGUACCAGUUAGGGCAUUGAUCAAUGGACUUGUGUACAUUUCUAUGAACCUUUCAUGGUGAGGUUUUACUUUCUAUGCACAGUACUAUGGUGUUAACAUAAAAAAAAAUCCAUGUGUUGCAAUUGGUGACUUGUUCCAUUGGUUUGUUUUUACUGAUAAAUGGACAUAACUUGUUCUAUGUGUGCA